UCCUAUAUUCAUUAGCUAUAGCUAUCUGUUGCGCUCUCGCUCUCUCUCUCUCUCUCUGUGUGUGUGUGUGUGUGUCCAUUUAUUUUGUGAGUGAGUUCUAGCUAGAUAAUAUAAGCAGAAGAAAUAUGGCCGGCGGCGGCGAUGGUCGUCAAGGCGGGACGUCGUCGUCGUCCUCCCAUGAGCUGAGCGGGCAGCUGGAGGGCAUCCUCGCCGACCGUGAGGCGCCAUGGGCGCGCCGGGCGUCCAAGGCAGCCAUGAUCGAGCUCCGGCUGCUGGCGCCAAUCGCGGCGCCGGCGGUGGUGGUGUACGUGCUCAACAACGUGCUGUCCAUCUCGACGCAGAUCUUCUCGGGGCACCUCGGCAACCUCGAGCUCGCUGCCUCGUCGCUCGGGAACAACGGCAUCCAGGUCUUCGCCUACGGCCUCAUGCUUGGCAUGGGGAGUGCCGUGGAAACCCUGUGCGGCCAAGCCUACGGCGCACACAGGUACGAAAUGCUGGGCAUCUACCUGCAGCGCUCGACCAUCCUGCUCGUCGCCGUGGGCGUGCCGCUCAGUGUCAUCUACGCCUUCUCCGAGCCCAUCCUCGUCUUCCUCGGCGAGUCGCCGGAGAUCGCCAAGGCCGCGGCCGUCUUCGUCUACGGCCUCAUCCCGCAGGUCUUCGCGUACGCGGCCAACUUCCCGAUCCAGAAGUUCCUUCAGGCGCAGAGCAUCGUGUCGCCCAGCGCCUACAUCUCCGCGGCGACGCUGGCCGUGCACCUGGUGCUGGGGUGGCUGGUGGUGUACAGGUUCGGCAUGGGCCUCCUGGGCGCGUCGCUCGUGCUGAGCCUGAGCUGGUGGAUCAUCGUCGCCGCCCAGUUCCUGUACAUCGUCACCAGCGAGCGGUGCCGGCGGACGUGGACGGGGCUCUCCUGCCGUGCCUUCUCGGGCUUGCCGGAGUUCCUCAAGCUGUCGACGGCGUCGGCUGUCAUGCUGUGCCUUGAGACGUGGUACUUCCAGGUCCUCGUCCUCAUCGCCGGCCUCCUCGACAACCCUCAGCUCGCCCUCGAUUCUCUAACAGUCUGCAUGACGCUCGCCGGAUGGGUGUUCAUGAUCUCCAUUGGGUUCAACGCUGCUGCUAGUGUGAGAGUUGGGAAUGAGCUGGGAGCCGGGCACCCGCGGGCGGCGGCGUUCUCUGUGGUGGUGGUGACGGCUCUGUCGUUCGUGAUCACUCUGGCCAUGGCGGUGGUGUUCCUCGUCUUCCGCGACUACCUCAGCUACAUCUUCACGGAGGGGGAGACGGUGGCCCGCGCCGUCUCCGACCUCUGCCCUCUGCUCGCCGCCACGCUCAUCCUCAACGGCAUCCAGCCCGUCCUCUCAGGUGUGGCUGUCGGGUGGCAGAAACUGGUCGCGUAUAUAAAUGUCGGUUGCUACUACUUCGUGGGCAUCCCACUCGGAAUUCUUCUCGGCUUCAAAUUCCAUCUUGGAGCAAAGGGAAUAUGGACUGGGAUGCUCGGUGGUACAUGCAUGCAGACGCUUAUCUUGUUCUGGAUCACUUUUAGGACAGAUUGGGACAAAGAGGUUGAGGAAGCCAGGAAGAGACUGAACCAAUGGGAGGACAACAAGCAGCCUCUUCUGCUAGUUCCCUCGGAUUAACCCACGAGAAUCAAUUGCUUGUGGUUUGUGUGUGAGAGGGUGGUGGUUAUUGUAAUGCAAACAUUUCAAUUGAUUGAUUUCGGCGGUCCGUACUCCCUCCCUACUCACAAAAUAA